AUGCGUCUCCCAACCCUCCUCUCUGGGCUCCUCUGCGCCGCGACUGCUCUCGCAGCGCUCCCCUACAAAGGCGCGGACUGGUCCUCUGUCCCCAUCGAAGAAGCCGCGGGUAAAACGUACAAGAACGCAGCCGGCCAAGCGCAACCUCUGGAAACCAUUCUAAAAAACUCUGGUGCAAACACGGUCCGCCAGCGCAUCUGGGUCAACCCAUCCGGCGGAAACUACAACCUAGAUUAUAAUGUCAAGCUCGCGCAGCGGGCAAAAGCAGCGGGCUUGGGCAUCUACCUCGAUUUCCACUACUCGGACAACUGGGCCGAUCCAGGAAAACAAGUCGUACCUGCCGCGUGGAAGAGUCUAAACCGCGACGCGCUCAUACAGCAAGUCUACGACUACACCAAAAACGUGCUCGACACGUUCCAGUCCAAGGGAAUUCAGCUCAAGGUGGUCAGCAUCGGCAAUGAAAUCACGUCGGGCCUCAUCUUCCCCAUUGGCAAAUUAUCCGGCACCGAUGGGCCCAAGAACGUAGCGGCGCUGCUCAAAUCCGCCAGCAAAGCGGUCAAAGCGUCGACGAUGAGCCCAAAGCCGAAGAUCAUGAUCCACCUUGACAACGGGUGGAACUGGUCUACACAGCAGUGGUGGUACGAUACGUGGGGCUACGCUGGCUGCGUUGUCGUCGUCAAUGGGUAA